UAGUCAAAGUGGCAGAAUGAGCAGGCCGACUCCGAGAGAUACCAAGUCAUCGGGUACGAGCAACAGUUCAAGAGAUGUGCCUCAAAGUGCAAGGUCAACUACUAGUUCCAAUUCUAAGGAUUCAACACCAUGGAAUACAACUGUGGGAAGUAGACCUAAAUCUUCCAAGGGAAGAACCAGGAUGCCCUUAGAUGCACCAAGCCAUCAAGAGCAGCAGCGUCGAAGCUUUGUUAGCAGCUCAAGCAGCAGCAGUGACAGCAGCAGUGACAGUGACAGUGAUAGUAGCAGCAGCAGCAGCAGUAGCGGCAGAAGUAGUAGAAGUAGUGGUGGUAGUAGCAGAAUUGCUACCCCAGAUGACAGUAGUGAGAAGUUGUGGACAAAUAUUUCAAACAGCACAACACAAGCAACUGCAGAACCAAAAGGAGAUGAGAAAAAAACAUGGACAACCCUUGCAAACCUUGAUUCAUCUGACGAUAAGCUUGAAUCUGACAUGGCCAAACUCAGUGUACAAGACAACAGUCAAUAGAUGCUGAGAAGAAUGAUGCACCACAAAACAAAAAAACAUUUACAACUUCGUUUACCUUAUGAACAGCAUUCAAGUGAGAAGGAUUUAAUUUUGCUUAACCCUUUGAGUGCAAAAGUCAACUUAAUUAUGACACCUUUCAUCAAAUAAACCUGAAUAAAUGUUUCAAUAUUUAACUUUCAAAAAUUAUAAG